AUGAGCAUAUACUUUUGCAUCGAUAAUGAAUUACAAUAUAAUAGCUAUUAUAGUGAUUUUGGACCAUUAAGUAUUUCAUGUCUUUACAAGUAUUAUUGUAAAUUAACACAAUAUUUAAGUAAUUUUACGACAAAACGUAUAAUUCAUUAUACAACACCAAAUGAGUGUAAACGGGCAAAUGCUGCAUGUUUGAUUGGAUCAUACAGUAUCAUCUCUUUGGGAUUUAUGCCGCGUGAUAUAUUUAAAAUAUUAACGUAUCAUUUGCCACCAUACAAGCCAUUUUUGGAUGCAUCGCAAGGUGGAGGCUCAGGAUAUACAAUACGUUUAAGUGAUGUUUUAUCUGCGGUGUACAAAGCACAAUUGUUUGGUUUCUUCAAUUUUGAGGAUUUUGAUGUGCAUGAAUACAACCAUUUUAAUAUGCUAGAACAUGGUGAUUUAAAUUGGCUUUUACCACGAAAGUUUUUAGCUUUUAUUGGUCCUAUGGACCAUGGAGAAUAUUAUGGAUUAGAACCAGGUGUUAGUUGUCAUUCGGCAUCAUAUUAUAUUAAUUAUUUCUUGGAUAAUAAUGUUCGAGCCGUCAUACGGCUCAAUAAUAAGUUGUACGAUGAAUCAGUCUUUACAAAUGCUGGUAUUCAACAUUAUGAUAUGUACUUUGAUGAUGGGACUGUGCCCCCACAACAAAUUUUAAACCAAUUUCUACGAAUUGCCGAAAAUACUAAAGGUCCAAUUGCUGUUCAUUGUAAAGCUGGUUUGGGUAGGACAGGAUCAUUAAUUGGAGCAUAUAUUAUUAAACACUAUCAUAUGACUGCCAGAGAAACGAUUGGGUGGUUAAGACUUUGUCGUCCAGGGUGCGUUAUUGGACAACAGCAAGGGUGGUUAGAAAAAGUUGAAAAAUAUCUAUGGGAUCGAGGAAAUGAAUAUAGAUUAGAAAAUUUUGGACAAGAAGAUAAAAUCCCUCAUCAUAAAUAUGGUAUCUACAGUAUAAGAUGGAAGAAACAGUGGAGAUUAAACAACGAACCAAAAUCGUAUAAAGUAAAAUAUGCGCAAGUGAAAAAACUCGACAAAAAAAUAUCAAGUAAUUACCCAAGAUAUUUAACAAGGCAAAACACUUCACCUUAUGAUCAUGUUACAAAGCCAAAAAUAUCGAGUAAACCAAAACCACCUGUAUUCGUACCAAGUAAAUGUGUAAAUGCGCAUAUAUAUUCUACGUCUACAUCACUUAAUAAACGAAGAAAAGUUUUAAAUUCCCCUCCCACCAAUCAUGCAGAAGAAGGCAUUCAAUACACGAUCAAGGACUCAUAUUUAAAGGAUUUACAAAAUCUAAAUGGAAAUGCUGAAAAAUAUAAUUUACGAAAAUCUCUCAAUCAAAAACAUCAGGAUGUUAUGACUGUACUUUAUGUUAAUCCAAAAAAAACUCAAGAAACGAGAGUUUUGUCUAAAGAAGUAAAUGCGAUAAAUUUUCGAAAUACUAACAACAGAGCUAAAUUAUCGGAUAAAAAGAAUGAAAACAAGCCACGAGUGAGUAGUGCAUAUACUGAUUACAUUUCCUCGAAUAAUACACCAUAUAAUAUGAAUAAUUAUCAACGAAACAAUCGAUUACAUCAAUGCGAAAGUGUAUAUAAUACAAAUCUUCAACCGUCAAUUAAUUUAGUUCAACAAAAUAUAGAAUCAGUUACUCGAAAAAUAAAAAAAUUAACUACAACAGACUACUUAUUAAAAACAUUACGGGAUUAUACUCUUUACCCAACAAAGAAUCAACCACUUGCAUCCAUACCAUCACCCAAUCGUACACAAGGUGAUCGUUUAAACGACUUAAAGCAACAACAUAUCCAUUAUAAUAACGUUGCAACAACACCAUCAAAAUAUGAAAUAUUAUUGAAUCCUAAAAAACAUCGUAAAACUCAAAGAGUAGCAUUCCAUCCACAACUCAUUACCAAAAAAGCUUAUGCUUAUUAA